GAAGAUGCAGUCGAUCGUACUACUGCUGCUUUCAACUGUCCCUGUUUUUGCGUACGAUUGCAAGGAUCCUAGUGCACCACAAAAUGGUUUUGUUCGACACACUAGUGGCAGUGACAUAGCUUUGUACGGAUGUGACCGAGGGUACACGUUGGAGGGUUCAAUCAUACGAACUUGCAAAUACGGUUCUUGGGAUCCUAAAAAGCCUAAGUGUUGCCGCACACUCAGCGACCCUGAAAAUGGCCACGUUUCCGUCAGCUCAGGAGAGGCGACGUAUUCGUGUGACUAUGGAUGUUAUCUUCGUGGUCUCUCUCAGCGUACUUGCGUUAACGGAGAAUGGUCUGGCACUAGACCGUACUGCCAAUGUACUAGUUACGGUUGCCGGACUCCCAGCAACCCUGUCAAUGGCCGCGUUUCCGUCAUCUCAGGAAAGGCAAACUAUUCAUGUAAUUACGGAUGCGUUCUUCGUGGCCCCUCUACGCGUAUUUGCGUCUACGGAAAAUGGUCCGACUACAAACCAUCCUGCAAAUGCUGUCCACGUCUGUCUGCACCUGCGAACGGACAGGUUACUAAAAUCAAUUGGAAAACGGCAGAGUAUUCAUGCAGCUACGGUUACUGUCUUCGUGGUCCUUAUAAGCGUACUUGCACUGAUGGAAAAUGGUCAGACUACACACCCUACUGCGAAAGAAUUUGUCCAAUUCCGAGUCCCCUUGCCAAUGGUACUGUCUCCAUUAAGUCUAAGCAAGUCUCCGUCAAUGGAUAUAUUAAUAUUAAUAUUACUAUUGCACGCUACCAAUGUAACUACGGUUACAAGCUUCAUGGUCUUUCUGAACGUAAUUGUACUGACGGUCAAUGGUCAGGCUACAAACCCUACUGCAAGAGAGCCUGUCCAAAUCUUCCGGCACCUGCAAACGGCGGAGUUACGAUCAACUCAUACGCGGCAAAGUAUUCAUGCAAUCACGGUUACUCUCUUCGUGGUCCUUCUACGCGUACUUGCAGUAACGGACAGUGGUCAGGUUACACACCCUACUGCGAAAGAGAAUGUAGAACUCCGAGUCGUCCCGCCAAUGGUUAUGUCUCCGUGAAUCAAAACGUUGCUACAUACAGGUGUAAAUAUGGCUACUACCUUAUUGGUCCAUCUCGACUUGUCUGUGAAUAUGGCAGCUGGUCUGGUUACAGUCCAACUUGUGUCAGAAACUGUUCCUCUCUCAGUCGCCCUGCCAAUGGCCGUGUUGUUAUAGAGGGGGGAACAGCAACAUACACGUGUAAUUUGGGUUACACUCUUCAUGGUUCAUCUGUACGUAAGUGCAGUGGCGGUCGGUGGUCUGGUUACGCCUCGACGUGUAUCAGAAAGUCAUGUGGAAAACCCCCUGAACCUCGUUAUGGGUACGUACGCGUGUCGAGUAGUGGAAGAUCAGCCAUCUACAUAUGUAACAAAGGUUACAACCAGGUUGGCAAUGCUUACAGGUCGUGUUCUAACGGUCAAUGGACUGGAGCCACUCCCAGCUGUUGUCUAGUCUUGUCGAAUCCUAUCAAUGGUCGCGUGAUCAUUGGCAAUGAUGUUGCCACAUAUUCAUGUAAUUAUGGAUAUCGACUUGUGGGCAAUAAGCAGCGAACAUGUAAAAAUUCUGUCUGGAACGGCCGAGCUCCAACUUGUGUCAAGAUCGAUGAGCGAUGUCCGGUCUUGUCAAACCCACUCAAUGGUUCCGUCACUAUAAUUCCUAGUGGACGGAUUGCGGUGUACACAUGCAAUCCCGGUUAUGAAAUAAGAGGUUCCUCACUUCGAAUGUGUCAAAGAAAUGGACAGUGGUCUGGAGUCGCUCCUGUGUGUAUUAGAACACAAGUCAAGGAAUGUCCAAGACUCUCUGGUCCCCUAAACGGAACUGUGCAAGUGUCAGGCAAUGUAGCACGUUAUACCUGCAAUCAAGGCUUUGCGCUGCUGGGCAAUGCAACACGAACAUGCCGGGAUGGUGUCUGGGGAGGAAGCGCACCCGUCUGCAUUCGAUUGGUUAUUCCCUGCCCUACUAUUGUGGGACUUGCCAAUGGUGUUGUGGAUGUGCAGGGCAACACAGUAACUUACACAUGUAAUUCUGGAUUCAUCCUGAUUGGUAAUAGACAGAGAACGUGUAGAAACGGUGUAUGGUCUGGCAGCCGACCACGUUGUGAUGCAGUGGUGGUCCCAUGUCCUAUACUUGUUGCUCCUACUAAUGGAAAUGUCAACGUGAAUGGCGAUACUGCAGAGUACUCAUGCAACGAUGGGUUCAGACUUCAGGGCAACCGCAGACGAGAGUGUCGAAAUGGUAUCUGGGACGGAUCGGAUCCCAUGUGCGUGAGAAUCCCGUGCCCUGAAUUGGUCAACCCCGCGAAUGGUGCUGUCCAGGUGCAAGGCAACACAGCAAUCUACACAUGCAACCAAGGUUUCGAAUUAAACGGCAAUCGAAGGCGAACAUGCAGCAAUGGAGUAUGGAGUGGACAAGAGCCCACAUGCGACAGAGAGGUUUGUGCUGAAAAUUCCCAGUGGAGGGAUAGCUGUAAUCAACUGUGCACUUGCGUGGGCGGGGAAGCUCGUUGUUGUCGUGAAAGAAAAGACAUCGAGUCGAUGACCGUUCAAGAAAGGCGUCUCCAUGUCGAUGCUGUCAUCACAGCCUCUACAGAUCCUCAGUAUCGUACUCAGUAUGAAACUUUGUUGGGUAUUCACAGAACGCAGUUUGGGAGUGGUAUACAUGCUGUUGACCAGUUCUUGCCCUGGCAUCGAUGGUUCUUGAUCGAGUACGAAAAUUUACUGAGAAGAGUCAAUUGCAAUGUGACCGUGCCAUACUGGGAUUGGAGUCUGUGGGCCAGCCAACCAUUCAGUGCUUCUCUUUGGGGCGCCGAAGACCAUCACCUUGGUGGAGACGGUGGAGGACCCCAGAACUGCGUUCAGACUGGAAGAUUUCGAGGAAACACCUGGUCUUUACCAGUUGGCAGUUGUCUUACCCGGCAAUUCUCAAACGGUCAGUUUCCUGGACCAGUUGAAGUAGCCGGAGUCCUCAACAAUGAUCCGCCUCAAUUCACUAAUUUCGAAGUUGGACUGCGAGUCAAUCUCCACAACAGUGUCCACUGUUGGAUUGGUGGCACCAUGUGCUCAAGAAAUUCUGCCUAUGCUCCCGAAUUCUUCCUCCAUCACGGAUAUAUAGACAAACUCUGGGCCGACUGGCAAGAGAGGAGCUCGGCCCACCACAACGCACACUUCUCUACAUUGACCGACCCCAUGAUCGCCGCCGGCUCCGUCACUCCGGCCGAUGUGAUCGACAAUGACAACUUGCCUGGUGAUAUCAGCGUGUGUUACACGGAUCCGACCGCCUCGCCCAUAGCGGACGUUGCUGUCGCGUUGAGAGGGCUUAGCAACGUCGUCCUCCAGACUGUAUCUCGUCCAACAUUCAUGCCAAUGAAUAAUGAGUCGUUCAAUCUGUUCGGAGUUUCAGCGAGUGACCGCCAGAUAGCAGAGGCUAUCGACAGUGAAAUGAGAUCGGGAACUGAGACCGAAGCUGCUACGCCUGGUGAUCUUUCUACACUUGACGCUAUUGUGCAGGAACGUACGGGCAUUACUGUGGAUUCAAUGGGAAUGUGAGAGGUGGACGUUUGAGUUUGACAAUUAUACAGUUUGGUAUAAAAUGACGGUUGUUGUCAAGUGCACAACGUUUAGAAAUUUCGUUCUGUCUGUGUAGUUUAUGAAAAGGUUGCAGACUUUGUGAGACGUAAACUCAAUCAUAAA